UUUUCACAAUCAACUUUUCCGGCGGCCCGUCUUCUCCGUUAUCCAUACAUUUUGCUCAUUUUCACUCACUCUGUUUAACUAACCCGGUGAGUAAAAAUGGGUGACUAUCCUGGAGCAGGGAGCAAUAUGUCAAAUUAUGGUUUAAAGAAUCCAUCGCCAGAAGAAAUACACCUAUUGUGGCGUGAAAUAGUCGGGCGCGAGUCCCGGAUACGCCAGGGUCAUCUAGCAAUAAACGGCGAUGGGUCGGAACAGUGGCCGGGUAUUAAAGACCAGGAACCAACUGAAGAGGAACUAAAAAGCGAUUUUACCUACUUCAACAAUAACAAGCCUUCCAACCCAAUAUCGACGUAUGAUCGGUUAUUUCAUGUAAAAAAUGAGUUACACAGUAAGCUACACCGUGACGACAGGGAACACGCUAUUGGUCUUAAUGUACACGCAGAAGAAACUCGUAAAGCCGUACCAGCUUUAUCUUCUUCAUGGUAUGGCCACCGUCCCUCUUUAGAAACAUCAAGCAGGGCCCACGUGAGGAUCGAACGUGUACUGAAGGGGUUCUACCGUACACGUGGUACUAAUAUUCCCGGAGCUGACACAUAGACCGAGACUCUUACAAUAUUUUUUGUACCAUAAUUAUAAUAAAGUACAGUAUUGAAAU